AUGGCUUCUCCGACUAAACGCAAGUCUCCCGACGCUGCCCAUGACGCGUACAACAGCGAUGCAGCCAGGACGCCCACAGAUGCACCUCCUCACAAAAAGCUGCGAGUAACUCGGAGCCAGAAACAAGCUCUUAUUGAUAACUUGCAGCUCGAGCUCACUGAACGAGCCCGCAAACUUCGCGCGCAAUAUGCUCUCCAGGCAAAUGAUCUGCGAGCUCGAAUCGAGCGGCGCGUCAAUCGGAUUCCUAUCGCGCUUCGGAAGGCGAAAAUGGGCGACCUACUGGAGAAACAUAACACUCUGCUCCGUGCACAACAGACCACCCUUUCCCCCAGGAAGCACGCCAGCCCUGGUAAGCGCAAUGUGACAUCUGCCUCGGUCAAGGCUGGAAAACGGACCGUGUCUGCCGCAAGUCCAAGCACGCGUCGGGUCAAGAAGCAAAGUCACGAGGGAACUUAUUCAGACAAGGAGAAUGCUCCUGCAGCCGGAGAAUCUCUGGAUGUGCUCAAGAAUCCCAAGCGGCGGGCCAACCCUGGCGGCACUUCACGCAUGGUGUCCCAGGAGGUUAGAGGGGCAGAUUACAGAAUUCUGUCUCCGAAAUCCUUGAAUUCCAGAACAUACCCCCAGUCUCCUUUCCGUGCCUCUCCCGAGAAAUCUCACAACUCGAAUUAUCUCUCACGACCUAUGUCGCCUCUGAAACCAUCCAGCCCGCUCAAGUCAGCUUCAGCCAGUGGAGCAGGUGUCAUGGACAACGCCCGCUUGAGAACGACCAAAGCUCCCACCACUACCGCCAGACCACCUUCUCAGGCCCAGGUGAAUAGACCAGCAAGCCGAGCGGCCACAACAACCAAAACGAUGCGUUCGCCCUUUUCUCGACCUGCCACGCAGCUUGAUCGCAGAGGAAGCAUCUCAUCCACCGCCUCCUCCGGAACGACUGUUGUCAAACCCGGCAGAGCAGGUGCAGGAACAAGGAAGGUUACCACCACAUCUAGCGCCAGUGCUCCAGUCAAGAGGACAACCGUGGCCCGCAACCAAGUAUCUUCCGCAUCUACCAAGAAGACCACGACCUCGACAACAAGGAAGGCCACUGCACCGGUUGGGGGUGAAGCUUCAACAGCCGGGCGCCGAACCUUGCGCAAGCGAGCUUAA